AUGAGUGGAAUCGCAAGUGCCUGUCUGUCCUGCUUUUCAGCAGUCGACAGAUGGUGUCAUAUCACAGCAUGUCUCGGUCCCAUCGGAGCUCGUUCUCGAGACGGUAUCUACGAGACCACCUUGGCGGAUAAUGAACGAGAAGCCGUAUCAGAUCUGUUAGGGUACCUCGAAAAUCGCGCGGAGACCGAUUUCUUCAACGGCGAACCUCUACGAGCAUUGAGUACCCUCGUCUACUCUGAAAACGUUGACCUGCAACGAAGCGCCAGCUUAACCUUUGCCGAGAUCACAGAAAGAGAUGUGCGCGAGGUCGACCGCGAUACCCUCGAACCUAUACUUUUCCUACUACAAAGCUCGGAUAUCGAAGUCCAACGGGCUGCUAGCGCAGCGCUGGGUAAUCUUGCUGUGAAUGAACAAAGUCUUGAUUGUCACUCUCGGGGGCUGGCUCCCCUGAUUCGCCAGAUGAUGUCUCCCAAUGUCGAGGUACAGUGCAAUGCAGUUGGCUGCAUCACCAAUCUCGCGACACAUGAGGAGAACAAGGCCAAGAUUGCUCGCUCGGGGGCCCUAGGCCCUCUGAUCCGCCUGGCCAAGUCAAAGGAUAUGCGUGUCCAGCGUAAUGCAACGGGCGCGCUGCUCAACAUGACGCAUUCUGAUGAUAAUCGACAGCAACUUGUCAAUGCCGGCGCCAUCCCCGUUCUCGUGCAUCUUCUCUCAUCCCCCGAUGUCGACGUUCAAUACUACUGCACAACAGCUCUCAGCAACAUCGCCGUUGACUCGACAAAUCGAAAGCGACUCGCCCAGACCGAGUCGCGCCUGGUACAAUCUUUGGUUCAUCUAAUGGAUUCAUCCACCCCGAAAGUCCAAUGCCAAGCGGCGCUCGCUCUUCGCAACCUUGCCUCUGAUGAGAAGUACCAGCUUGAGAUAGUUCGGGCUAAGGGUCUUUCUCCACUACUGCGACUACUUCAAUCGUCAUACCUUCCUCUUAUUUUAUCCGCCGUCGCUUGUAUUCGCAACAUCUCUAUUCAUCCUCUCAACGAAUCACCUAUUAUUGAAGCUGGCUUCCUGAAGCCGUUGGUGGAUCUCCUGGGCUCGACGGACAAUGAGGAGAUACAGUGCCACGCUAUUUCUACGCUUCGCAACCUGGCUGCUAGCUCGGACCGCAACAAGGAACUUGUUUUACAGGCCGGCGCAGUCCAGAAGUGCAAGGACUUGGUUCUCCGAGUCCCGCUUACGGUCCAAUCCGAGAUGACUGCUGCCAUCGCUGUGCUGGCCCUCAGCGAAGAGCUGAAGCCGCACCUCUUGAAGUUGGGAGUCUUUGAUGUCUUGAUCCCUCUGACGGGUUCCGAGAGCAUCGAGGUACAAGGCAACAGUGCCGCUGCUCUGGGCAAUUUGUCUUCCAAAGUUGGUGAUUAUUCCAUGUUUGUUCGCGACUGGGCAGAUGCUAACGGUGGCAUACAUGGCUACCUUCAUCGCUUCCUGUCCAGUGGAGAUCCAACAUUCCAGCACAUUGCUAUCUGGACCCUCCUCCAACUUCUCGAGUCGGAAGAUAAUAAGCUCAUUGGAUAUAUCUCACGGUCUGAAGACAUCGUACGGCUGGUCAAGGAAAUCUCCGACAAGAAUAUCGAGUCGGAUGACGAGGAACUGGAUGAUGGCGAGGGCGAAGUCAUUACGCUCGCCCGCCGAUGUCUGGAGCUGGUUGGCGCUGGCCCUAAGCAGACACUGGUGGAAGCUUAG